AUGUCUAUUUUUCGGAUAUUAUGCUACCUGUGGUCGUUAUUCGGCCUUACUUUCGCUACACAAGAAUGCGUGACGGUCCACGGGAAGGUAGUCUGCGAACCGGAUCGGGCACUGGAUAAUAAUCCGGCAUUUUUCCAGGUAGUGCUCUGGGAUUCGGACACAAUUCUGUGGAGAAAUGCCUUCGAUUGGGAUGACUGGAUGGGGGUCACGCACACAACGUCCGACGGCUAUUUCACGCUUUAUGGCUGCGGCUCUGAUACUGAUUUUUUGUUCAUCAAGGACAGGCCGGAUCCAUACAUUGUGAUCGAGCACCGUUGUAACAGCCUUGAACCGGAGACUAUUGACCUGCCCCUCAAGCAAGUGUUCAUGCCCGCCACCCAGAACAUAAGCGAAGUGAAGCUGGCUUCAGCGGAAACCAUGGCCUUGCACGUGCGGAAAAUGAAGAACAUGGCCCCGCCACCACGUGCCUGGUUCAACAUUACGAAGCAAGCCGCAAAGCAGGGCCGAAAUCAUUCGCGUUCCAUCCACGUUGGUGAUGAGGUGACGCUGACCUGCGAGGUUCCGCGUAUCAACCGCGAGCCAUUGCGCUGGACAAAAAACGGAAAGUCUAUCGACUCAGAAACGUUCCAAGGGACCGUGACGUUGAUUAAUUCAAUCAUCCUAAAAAGCGUCACCGAGGCGGUGAACGGUAACUACGAAUGUUCACAUACCGAGGACGGUAGAACUGUCCGUCCGAUCUACGAAUCCGAAGAAUCUCGAAAGUUGGCAGAAGACAGUAUUCUGGGCUUUUUCGAUGCAGUCAUUGAGCACCCCGAAAACAUGCGGAAAACGGCGCCGCCGCCACGAGUCUGGUAUAACAUCACCCGUUACACGUCGAGAUUGUCCAGAAAUGAAACGGGUAUAAUCCGAGUCGGCGAUGAAGUAACGCUUACCUGUGAGGUGCCGCGCGUCAACCGCGAGCCUCUGUACUGGGCAAAAAACGGGAAGGACGUUAUCACGAAAACGCUACUGACGCCCAUGACCCUCAUCAGCUCAAUCGUUUUGCAGAGCGCUAUCGUCGCCGACAGUGGUAUUUAUGAAUGUUGGCAUUUCGAAGAGGAAUUUCCUGUGUACGUGGGGGAACAGAAUAUAAUGUUGGCAGAAGAGAGCAUCUUGGGCUUCGUCGAUGCGGUACUUGAGCACCCAGAGCAAAUGCGAAAAAAGACGCCACCUCCCCGAACGUGGUUUAACAUUACUCGCUACGCCUCGCAGUCGCGGAGGAAUGACUCCGAGAUCAUACAAGUUGGCGAUGAUGUAACUUUGAGUUGCGAGGCAGCAAAAAGUACAGGAGAGAGACUCGAGUGGUCGAGAAACGGCACCCUGAUCGAUUCUGGCACCCUGCACGGUACGCUGACACUCCUCAACAGUCUCACCUUAACAGGGGUCUCCGAAAGCGAUGAAGCCAUCUACGCGUGCUUACUGGUUCAAAGUGGCAGGAAAACUUCGAUUGGCACGCAAUAUAUUAAAAUUGUCACACCACAAGCGCCCGAAAUCGUUGAAAGACCGUUUUUCCUGGAUUACGCCAAAAAGGGUAGCUUGUUCUGCCCCAUCACCGGCGUCGACCCACAAAAGAUCAUUUGGACCAAGGAUGGGGAGCAGGUCUCGCCCAGGGCGCAAGACCCCAAUGAUCCUCGGCGUCUGGUCUUUUCCAAAGUCGGCAUCGAUGAUGCGGGCCAAUACGUAUGCAAUGCGGAACACGGAGGCAUGGUCAAGGAAGUUGCUAUGAAGCUGGCGGUGGGGGGUGCACCAAUGACAAUGGGCCCCUGGGCUCUGCUCGCCAUAGCCCUGGUGUUUUGCUCCUGCAUGUGCCUAAUCGCGUGUUUAGUCGGGAAACAUUAUGUGCAUCAGCGUCGACUCAACAAUCUGUCGCUUGAGCUCUCCGAGAUGCGCUUAGCGCUGUUGAACAAAGGCGACACGUGGGAGACACUUCGGAAGGAGAUCGACGCCCCGAUGGAUCAACAGGUCGACAAGCUGGCCUAUGAGUCGGCGCGGUUCGAGAUUUCGCGCGACGACUUGGUGCUCGGGCAAGAGAUUGGUUUCGGCCACUUUGGCAUUGUCAAGCUUGGCCAGUGGAGGUGUCGAAGCGCCAAAGAUAGCACUAAAGUGCCAGUAGCGGUCAAGAUGGCCCGGAACCCAUACGACACCAAGCAACAAAAGAUGCUCGCCGACGAGCUAAAGAUCAUGGGUGCCAUUGGCGAGCAUGAAAAUGUUCUUCCGCUCGUGGGUGCUGUAACGAAGGACAUGGGAAGGGGGCAACUCUACAUCGUGCUAGAGUACUGCGACCUCGGAAACCUUCUCUACUACCUUAAGAAAAUUGGAAGGCAGUCGCGCCUACAGGCAGAGCCGCGAUACCAAUCGCCUACGAGAGUCCUCCGGACAAUUUUCGCAGAGCAACCGGAAAAAGCCGAGCAACCCGUUGUCGACAUUGAAGAAGCAGCUCCACUAAUGAAGGCGCAUGAUGUCGGCGUAAUUGCCGAGCUCUACUCAUUUGCAACCCAAAUCGCCCGCGGAAUGGCUUUUUUGAGUGAUGUUCCGUGCGUCCACCGAGACCUGGCCGCGAGGAACGUACUGGUGACCCGGGACAAGAUCUGCAAGAUCGCAGAUUUUGGGCUAGCUAAGCCCAUGGAGAAUGAAUACUACAAGAAAGCUCCAAACUCGGGAGAAUUGAUGCCCUGGCGCUGGAUGAGCCCCGAAGCGAUUGCGACGAAACGCUACACGCAGGCGUCAGACGUCUGGUCCUUCGGCGUCCUGCUCUACGAGAUCUUUUCGCUUGGCGCGGAGCCGUACGUUGGCAAGGACGUGUACCUAGAAGACCUGCAGGGUGGACUGCGAUGCUCGCGUCCGCCCCACGCUGAUGAUGCUAUGUACACCCUAAUGGAGCGCUGCUGGAAGCUGGCGCCCACGGAGCGGCCCACAUUCAAGGAUUGCGCCGAGUCACUACAAGAAUUGUCAAAACUAACGCCAUCCAAUACCGAGAUGUCAGACGAAUCUUUGGCAGAAGCCCAUCAAUAUCAAAAUCAAAAUCCAUACGAGGAAAUAGAG